CGCGUCGUUGCGCUUCGCCUUCCGUUUCCGCUACCCAUCCAAUCUCCUCUCAGGGACUGAAAAAUAAUAUGGCAAGAGGAGGGAGGGUUAUUUACAAACUGGCCGGCGGCAGGAAGAGAAAGAUCCGAUCCAGGGCCGCCGCCGACGACGACGACGAGGAGGACCAGGAUUACGUCCUUGGGGAGGAGGACGACGGGGAUUCCGAGAGCUUCGAGGAAUCCUACGCCUCGUCUGUGGAUGCCUCCGAGGAGGAGUUCGAGUUCGGCGCAUCAAGCGGCGGCUCUGACGAAGAAGAGGAGGAGAUCGACGAGGAGGAGGAGGAGGAGGAGGAGGAGGAGGAGGAGAUCGAGCUCGCGAGAUCGAAGCCCCGGAGGGGAGCCUCCAAUGGCUGGAGAACGGUCAAGAAACCUAGGGUUUUGGUCGACGAAGAGGAGUUCUUGGUUACGAGGAAGAGGGCAAGAAGCGGAUCUCGCCGGAAGAAAUCUAGGGAUUCGGAUUACGAGGAGGAGGAGGACGACGAUGAUGAGGAUUUCUCGCCGGACGAGGAUGAGGACGAGGACGAGGACGAAGAAGUGUUUUUGAUCUCCGGCAGGAAAAGCGGUUGUCGGAGAAAAAGGAGUUCAAAACAGGGUAGAAAGAAGCGGAAAUCCGGGGUUUUGAAUCGGAAGAGGGAGAAGAAGACGUCCAUGGUGCCAGCGAGGAAGCGGCGGUGGAGGGCGCGGAUCUCUGAUGAGGAUGAUGAUGAUUUUAUAGUGAAGGAUCGGAUCGCGGUAGAUAAGAAAAGGAAGACGAGCAAGAAAGGGAGGAAGAAGAAGACGACAACAUCUAGAGCAGCGAGGAAGAUAUCUCUGUUGGAUUCGGAGACAUCGGAUUUCGAAUACAUGAGCUCAGAUGAUGAUUUUGUAGAGAAAGAUAGAAUAGCAUUAGAUAAUCGAAGGAAUAAGAGCAAGAAAGGGAGGAAGAAGACAGCAGCACCGAGGACAAGGAGGAAGAGAUCACCAUCGUCUGUUGGAUCGGAAUCGGAGUCAUCAGAUUGUGAUUAUGUGAUUUCAGAGGAAGAAUUGAGGGAUCUGGGAGUUGGUGGGGUUUUGAGCCAGCCUCAGUCAGAGAGGAUAUUUGCUAGAAGGAAGGGCGAAGAGAAGGGCAAAGAGAAAGAAGCUGAUGAGUCUGGGAAGCAGAUCUGUGGAAUAUGUUUGUCCGAGGAGCAGAAGGGGACUAUUGAAGGGGUGCUGAACUGUUGUGCUCAUUAUUUCUGUUUUGCAUGCAUAAUGGAGUGGUCAAAGGUGGAGUCGCGGUGCCCGGUGUGCAAGAGGAGGUUCAUGACUAUCACCAAGUCCUCGAGGUCAGACCCAGGAUUUGGGUUAAGAAAGGCAGUUAUAAGGGUUCAAAAGCGAGAUCAGAUUUUGCUCUUGGAGGAAGCUAACCUUGUGUCCAUUUGUUUUAGGAUGUUCUGUUUCCUCGUUUAUCAACCAUCUGAAGAAGAAAUGAGGGGCUUCCUAGAUCCCUAUGAGAAUGUGGUAUGCAUCGAAUGCCAGCAAGGUGGAGAUGAUCAUCUCAUGCUACUGUGUGAUAUUUGUGACUCUCCUGCACAUACAUAUUGUGCUGGACUCGGAAGGGAAGUACCUGAAGGCAACUGGUACUGUGAGUUAUGUAGAUCCCCAGGUGAAGGAUCAUCAAAUUCUCAACUUCAGGAUACUCCAACUGAUCAGGGAGCAAAUAGUGGUGAUUUAUUUCCUGGUAGCAGGAAAACAGAAGAUGUCAGUAGAGAUAUGCAUGCCAGUAGGAACUCCCAAAUGUCGGUACCAUGGAGAGGCCAGUCUUCACAAAGAAUUGAUCUAAAUGUAUCCCCUAGACAUUUUACUGAGGAAGAUCAUGGAGCUGCAUCACAGGCAUCUGGUGGUGGGGCAUCAACUCUUUCUGGAAGACGUGCAAUACAGCGACAUAUACGCAUUUUGCUAUCAAAUAGUAGACCGAGGCAGAUCUUUGCCAGAGUUAAUGUACCAUUGCACAAUGGCGAAAGUGAUGCUAUCACCUCAGGAAUUGAACAAAGUGGGGAAGCAUCACAUGUUACAGAGGGAGUGAACUCAGUGCAACCAGUAUCAAGAAUUGAACAGCAUCAGCAGAACAUUAGACAUUUUCAGAGUGGUGCUAAUUUGGCUCCAUGCACGUACAGUGAAGGAAACAGUUUCCGACAUGUGGAAGGUGCAAAGGAAAAAGUGCAGUCAAUCGUAAAAGGCCAUCUAAGAAAUUUAUGCAGGGAUUUUCCACUAGAGCAUGCAACUUUCAAGAAGGUCGCAAGGCGUUCAACUCACACAAUUUUAGCAGCAUGUGGAAUUGAGCACCGCAGCAGAAUGGUUGCUGUCCAUGUUCAGGCGCCCAGCAAUUGUCCCCAUGCUAUAAACAAUGAUGAAUCAGCAUAUCUGAUGAGAGAUUGCUGCUCGUCUUGCUUCAGUUCCUUUGCUAAAGAUGUUGUUCAGAAGCUUAUGCAUACAACUUCAAUCCAGAGUUGACCAAUAAUCGAUGGCUUUGCCAUCAUCAUUACCAUUGGAUAGCUAGUGUUUAUUAUUGAUAAAAUUAUUUUCAAAUUGUUGGGGAACUUGGCUUGUGUUUUCUCUGUUUUGAAGCCCCUGAGAGACCUUGUUCCUAUGUGGACUUGAACCGCAUGAAUUGCAGGUGGGGGCUAAAUCCAGUCUCCCUGGACAAUUUUUACUUUGAAGACCGUAUAAGCCCAAAGGAAGAAUAGUGCAAAGAAUGAAGGCAGGGGUUGGUUUCUGAAUGUUACUUGCAGAUUCUGUCUGUUUAGGAUCGGAUGCCUUUGGCAUUGUCACCUUCAACCCAUGAAGAUGCUGCAAUCGAAUUCAAGAAUUAUGGAGGUAAAUCGAAAAGAGUAGAGAAAUUGUAGGUCAAAAGACUUACGUUUCAGGUUCUUCGUUCUUUUAUCAAACUUCCUCCCCAUUGGUUUCCUGCGUGCAGGUGAUGUGCGCUUUUCUUUUUUUUUUUCUGUUGUAACAGAUUCAGGUGGUUCACACACGAUUGAAAACAGUAUUUGGUGACAAUUUUUUACACUUUUAUGAAUAAUGUCUUGCUAUUAGUUUAUAGCUGCAGUAUCAGUUGAUUGUGCUAAGCUACCUUCUUCGAAUUAAAAGGAUAUGUACCAGAUACCAUUCUCGUUCCAUAAGCUCUUCUUUUAUAGUGCUUUUAAUUAAGUUUAUUCUUUUCUUUGCUCUCUGAUGGGUUCCUAUUUUGUCUUCUUUUUGUGAAUUUGCUCAGUCGUUGCAGUUAAUCUGGAUGUCAUGCAAGAGACUGUAUAGAGUGCAGCAGAUGCGUGCUAGUUUGAAGAUGGUUUAUAUAUUCACAUACUUUGGUCUAAAUGUAAGAGAUUGUAUAGUGUAACAGGUGUGUGCUAGUGUGAUCAUGGUAUAGCCAACAAUUGUCGAGGUGCCAAAGGAUCUGAAUUCAUGAUGAUUUACACGUGAUCUGAAUUAAUUUUGGAUAUGAUAAGCUAUUUAGGCUUCUGAGCUUAUGGCUCUCGCCUGACUCAUGCUUCUUAUCAGCCAA